AUGGACGAUCUACUCGCAAUCUCAAAGUCCAUCCUGGACAAGGUGCCGCGGCUCCAGGAGCUAGACAACUACUUCCGAACCCCAGAGAUCCUUGCGCGGCAGCAGCGCGUCGAUCAGCUCGAGGAGCUGGCCCAACAGAAUGCUAAGAGAUUCCGUGAGGACACAGCUGGCAAGAUUGAUAUCCGGCCGUUCAGGACGCUCGUUCUAGAGCAGUCCAAGCUCGAGGAGGAAAUCGAGAAAGACAAAGCUCGGUUUUUGCAACAGCUCCUCGACGAUUGGGGCACGGCUCCGGAGGGCCUUCUGGCGCUCGCAGCUUCUACAUCCCAAGCUCCACAAGAUCCUCUCCCAACCGAUGCGACGAUACCUACACCUUCGCGAGCGCCCCUAUCAGCUGUUUUUAUGCCUACGCCCCCAGCUCCAAAACCUUCUCUGCCGGCUAGUUCAAUACCUACACCUUCGCGCAGCUCUGUAGUCCACGAUAGUCGGGAAAGCACCGGGCCAGAGCGCAAUGCGACCACUGAACCCCGGGCCCCGUUGGCCGACAACGCCGAACGUAACUCGAGCAGAAAGCCCCGAACCUCUGCAUCACGACGAAGAUCCUCCAACAUCUCGUUCGAAGAGAACCGACCUGUCAAGCGCAGUCGUCGAGGCGAAAUAACACCUUCCCUUACGCCAGACCGAUUCAUCAAGUUCAGCGAUGUCUUUCAGGGUAGCAACGUUCCAGCCAAGUACAGGAUUGUACAGUUUCCGUUUCGCCAAGGAAAUUGGUACAUCUUGGAGUGCAAGGACUGCGAUAUACAGUUCCAGAGGGAGGAUGUUGUUGAGGAUGCAUAUGAACAUUUCUAUCACAACCACGGCCGCAGUUUUAGUACCACUGAGGAGCAGGUUGUUCAGGUGCUGGGGACCCAUGUGUCGGACUGCAAUGCCGAGCUCGCUGAGAAGAACAAUGCGCUCUGUCCCCUACCUCUGGAUCCCGAUGACGAUGAGACAGAGAUUGAAACUGGAGAUGAAGAGCCAUCCGAACGCCCGAAGCGCUCAAGUUCACGAAAGAAGAAAGGGAAGCGCGGGAGACGGAAGAAUCCCAACGCUCAUUGGGUGCCUCCCAAGUCAUUCAAGGACCUCGAUCCUCGAAUCAUCAAUGCAAAGCCGGGCGACAUUGUCUGCUUGUACAACGACAGGACCAAGUUCUUUUCUCCUCUCAUGAUCCUUCCAUGGGGGCAUUUCCCACGUCUCAAUUUCGAGAAGGUCUUGCAGGACGUAGAACUCCACACAACAAUACCUAAAUGCUACGACGGUGCAAAGCCCACAGAUCUGACUCCGUCAUCUUGGGCCUCUGGUUACGAAGAUAAUGGCGAAUUGGCUCACAAACGUUGCCUUCCGGGUCUUUUCUUUCGACCUUCUCAAGAUUUCCCACAUGACUGCACGUCGGGUUGGGUCCCGUUGAACAAGCUCAAGGUCUACGAUAAGAGUUGCCCUCGCACUCGGAACAAAGAAUCCGUUGAAGAGUACAUCGAAUACUAUGCAGAGUGGUGCAAUGACCCAUCGGCUGGGGCCAUGCCCGAUGAGGCGACCGCGCCAGAGAGAACCCAUCGGUUUCAGCCGGGAAGUCAUCGAGGUCCCGGGAACAGUGUCCCAGAUCAAUCCGUGCCACGGAGUACAGUUCAAAGCAAUCGACACUCGACGAAGGAGAGCAGCAUUGCACCUACGAUUGAAGAUGCUGGGAUCAAGGAAGAACAAGAAGAGGACGACGAACAAACCGAAGAGGAAAAAGAAGACGGAGAGGAGAGUGAAGGUAGAGAGGAAGAAGGAGGGAAACAGGUGAGCGGUUUUCGGAGGCACUAUAGAGUGGGUGUCCGUCGCGCGCACAUCGUACGCAGUGUUGAGGUGGAUGGGUAA